UCUCAGCUCCAUGCGGUUUACUUGGCAAAGGCGCAGCAUUGCGCCGCGCUCCUUCUCUCUCCUGCUGCGCACCGAUCCAUAAUUAACGCGUGUAAUGCCAAGUGAGACACAUCUACAGCAAAGGUGGAAAAAUAAACGAAAAAGAAGUAAACGACAGUUUUUUGUUUGUUCUAGAGGUUGGAAAGCGACAAUUUGCCUCGGUCUCAAGUGUGAUGGACUAUGGAUUGCCGAGUGUAGGGGUUUUACUACUUUAGAGGCUCAGACGAAAAUUGACGAAACGUCUAAGUCGAACUUUGUGUAACCUUAGAGACAACAUUAAAUGUAAAAAAAAAAAAAAAAACAUGGAUCUCUAUGCACGAAAUGAGACAUUUACAUCCCCUGAGUGCGUCGGAUCGCAGACUGAUGCAGUGCAGAACGGAGCCGGUAACGGGAGCGAGACAUCAAACAUCACCUGCGGCAACGUUUCCACACUGUUCAUACCUCAGCUUGUGAGGUACAAAGAUGACGACCACACACUGCGGAUCCUUCUCUACUCACUCAUCUUCUUCCUGAGCGUGUUUGGAAACCUGCUAAUCAUUGUGGUGCUGACGGUCAAUAAGCGCAUGCGCACUGUGACCAACACCUUCCUGCUGUCGCUCGCCAUCAGUGACCUGAUGAUGGCUGUCUUCUGCAUGCCCUUCACACUCAUCCCCAGCAUCCUCAAGGACUUCAUCUUUGGAGCCGCCAUGUGCAAGAUUGUGUCCUACUUCAUGGGAAUAUCAGUGAGCAUCUCCACAUUUAGCCUGGUUGCCAUAGCGAUAGAGCGCUACAGUGCCAUCUGUAACCCCCUGAAGUCACGGGUGUGGCAGACCCGUUCCCAUGCCUAUCGGGUGAUUGCUGCUACGUGGGUGCUAGCCUUCGUCAUCAUGAUCCCCUAUCCAAUUAUCAGUCACUUGGAGUCUUUUCCGCGUCCUGACAACACCACUGCUCACCAGUGUCGCCACAUGUGGCCCCUCGCAACAGCAGAACAGGCCUGGUACAUUCUGCUUCUGCUCGUGCUGUUUGCAGUCCCAGGGUUGGUGAUGAUUGCGGCCUAUGGACUCAUCUCCAGGGAACUUUAUAGAGGCAUCCAGUUUGAGAUGGGCCACAAAAAAGACUCUACCGAUGUGAAGAAUGGACUGACCUCCACUGUGUCUACUGGCAGUGAUGAUGGCGAUGGUUGCUAUGUUAAUGUUGUCCAGCGGCCGCACUCAAUGGAGAUGACCAACGUGGCUGCAUCCAGCAGGGCAAUCAAGGCGGAAAGACCACGCAGCAACACAUCUGAGGCCAAGCUGGAGGCCAAGAAGCGAGUCAUCCGCAUGCUGGUGGUCAUUGUUGUCCUAUUCUUUCUCUGCUGGAUGCCACUGUAUUGUGCCAACACCUGGCGGGCUUUUGACGACCUCUCUGCCAAACACGCCCUCUCAGGGGCACCCAUCGCUUUCAUCCAUUUGUUGUGCUACACCUCUGCCUGCGUCAACCCGAUUAUUUACUGCUUCAUGAACACACGUUUUCGCAAAGCUCUGCUAGCCACCUUCUCGUGCUGUGCUGCACCUUGCCAUCAUCGCCGCCAUCGUGGGCUACGGGACAACGAAGAGGAUGUAAUGGCAACAGGAGCGUCCAUGUCCAAGUUCAGUUACACUACAGUCAGCACCAUGGGAACCUGCUAAGGCAGAUGGAUGCAGGCACAGUCCAGAAGAGACAGUUACUACGGCAACACAGCACCCCACAUCCUUUGUUUUUAGGCCAAUUCUAUACUCAUAGUGACAAUAAUGUGGAGUGGAAAAAACAGGCCAUAGAUUGUAGCAGAAUAGAAGCUUCACCCUGUGCGUAAAGUUAUGUAGAGAUCAUUUAAUGAAACACAGUCUUACAGUGUAAAUACCUCCAUAACAUUAUUGAAAAAAGCAAGUACAUUUAUCGCUUGUCACAGUGGACCAAGGCAUAUUGUUUGCUUCGAUGUUUACGGCGGGGCAGGUAUGUGUGUGUGUGUCUGUGUGUGUGUGUGUGUGUGUGUGUGUGUGUAGUGGUGGGCUGUAUGAUAUGUGAGGGAUGAAUUUUAAUAAUUUAGUAGUCAUUAUGUAGCUAUAAAAAUAGGAAGACCGCAAUCUGUUAAUCUGUGUUAAUGACGCUAAUUGCAAUUGCCUUGUGGACUAAGUGCCUGGUUCUACAUACUAUGUUAUGUUUGUCAACUGUUGAUUUGUCUCAUUCAUAACAGGCACCAUAAACACAGACAAAUUGUAAACUGAAGGGUUGUGAAAGUGGAGUUUAAAGACUCAACAAACUGAAAAUCCUCAGAAGAUAGGAAUGUCCUAUAGAAGAUAGGAGUAGGUUGUGAGUUCUACAUGGCUCCACGGUUCACAGAAAACCCGUAAGUGGUAUAAACAGUUUAGACGGGAAGUGGUGAUGCCUUGUGUUGUGGUUGUAAAUUGUAAUGCAAGCUGCGUUUGUGUUUUUGAGCUUUUAGACACAGAAUUGUCUGUAUGUUGUAAACAUUGUAUACUGCAAUGUUUGUUUGUAUUUUGUCCUUGCAGGUGAACACAGUAGCAAAUGUGAGAAGGGUGAAUUGACACUUUGUAUUGUGUUUUUUUCUCAUAUUAGGGCUCUAGUUUGAGGGCAUUACAAAAUUGGUGGAUAAGUAUCCAUCACUUUGUGGAGAACAUCUGGAUAGGAAUCAGGGUUAUUUAAGAGACUAUUUAACAGUUUCUACAUUAUUAUAUUUCUGAUACCAUAUUAGAACACAGGAGAAACUAUAUAAUGAACUUUGAUGAAAACAUCAGGAGUAUACAAAUAGUAAAUGCUACUAAUAUGUUAUAUGUGUUACAAUAUAUUUACUGUAUGGCAGCAUGAAAGGGUGAUUUUUUUUAUGAACAAUAAGUCCACUGCAGCCUUACAGUAAAGGAGGUAAACCAAGGAUAAAUUAACUAUAAUAUAUACACAUUUAUGAGUUCAGUGAUUAAGUGACUUGCAGUCCCUGUUGAGCUCACCUGCAGGCUACAACAUGGCAGCCAGGUUUCAGAGGUCUCUGUUUGUCAGGCCCUGUCAAGCGUGCCUGACUCUGGCUCCCCCGUUCACCUCGCACUAAUUGUGUUACAACCUCAACCCUGCCAGGUUGAACGCCUGAGCAUAUUUCACUGAGUGCACCAAAGCACAAUGCUGUCAGCCUCUCAUCUAAUAGAUGUAUGGCCUGCCUUUGUGAGCAUUUUUUGGAAGAUUGGCCUGCAGCUUUAGCAGUUUAUCGUGUACACCGUUCCCUUUGUGUUUAAAAUAUGAAUCUAGUGAAGCAUUUCUGUGAGACUAAACUACAGAAAGAAAGAGAAUAUUUCUCUACACUGACUAAGACAACCUUACCUUCACGUGUGUCCAGUUAAUGUCAAGAAGAGGUCAAAUUGACUGCUAGAACAUUACCUUGACCUUCCCCUUGUCUCACUGUACAGACUCAGGCCCCAUCAACUUUGAAACACAUUCAUCAAGCUGAUGACAUUCGUCUAUGGCCUUGAUGGCCCUGUGCUGAUUACCGCAGGGGCAUCAGGCCUCUGUAUGUAUGGCUGUGAUCUUAUACAAUGAAGUCAAAGUGAUAUCAUAGUAGAUAAAGUGUGUUCUCAAAUGAAAAUGCCCAUCUGAUCUAAAAAAAGAAGAAAAUCCUGUUGAAACCUUGGAAAAGCAGUAAACAGUAGACAGGAGGUAUUUACGUGUCUGCUAGUAGCAUUUCCAAGAUAGAAAAAUACUGUAACGCCACCGUCUGUGUUGUUGUUUAUGUGACACUUGGAAAGUGUUUUGUUUUCAUGUAGAGGCUGAAUUCCCUGCAGUGUCAUAGAGGACGUUAUGAUUUGUUCCCCAAUCCACCCCACCUCAUCCAGUCGCCACAAGUACACACACACUUAAUCUGGUUAUGAUGCACUUGCUCACAACUAAUUACAGGCAGAUGCCAAUAAAUAGUUAUUUCCUUCUUUUACAAAAUUAAUACUGGCCAUGAAAAUUAAAGCUCAGUAUGAAAGUAACUGUGAUGACAAAUAUGCAGUGGGUAGAGAUUAGAUCUCUAAUUAGCAUAUUUCACUUAUGCAUAAGUAAAAGUAAAUAUGCGAAUAAGUACUAAAGGUUACUGUAAAUGCAGUCCUGUAAAUGCAGUCCUUCAGUCCUCUGUUUAACAAUGUUGGUGAUCUUAUUUUCAAGCUUCUUAUUAUUUGUAGCAUGUAUUCUUCAAUCAGAAAUGGUAAUGGUAAAUCUAUCCUGCACAAUAUCUACAGACAGGUGUUGCCCACAGGCUAAAGCUGCACUAAUUAACAUGUUUUAUAUAACCAACAGAUCAAACUCCGAUGUGUAAUGUAAAAGGGGUCGGACAUAAUGAUGAACACACACAUAAUUGCCACCCAUCAUUGCAGUUCCCCCUGGCUUCACAGUGUUUUUGCCUAUUUUGGAUCUUUUUUGUUUGUUUUUCCAGCCCAUAACUCUGUUCUCAUCAAUCAGCCACAGCAAUCAGCUGUUUUGAGAGGAGAACCUGCUCUAAGACCCAGAUUUUUCCCUCAGGAGUUGGUGAAGACCAAAACAGAGCUAAAGUGAAUAUUGGACUUAAAUACAUUGGGUGACCACAAACAUAACUCCAAGUGUUUCUGCUUUAUGUGUAAAUCGACAGGUUGUUAACAUGUUAGCCAUAAUAACUUUAUAAGGUGGUACUAUGUCAGUGUUGUGUUUCAAGCUUGUUCCGCUGCCCCCAAGAGGUCAAAACAUAAAUUACUGAAGAUUUAGGGUUAGGGAUGAAAUAUGAGCUGAGAAUAUCAAUCUUGCAGAAGUUUAAAUGAGGUAAAUGAUAAGUUCAGGUAAGAGUACAGAUAUGCCAAUUUAAAUGUCUCCUAUUAUCAUGAAUACUAUUGAGUGUUAAUAUACAACAAGAGGGGUACACCUGUUCACUGAUUACUAUCAGGGAUCCUUUUCACAUUCACACAAGUAAUCAAUCAUGUUCAGUCAAGACAAUGAGGUGCCCUUUAUAAAGUGACAAGCCCUGGCUCAUUCUUGUGAUUAUUAUGUCCCUCCUGCUAGUUACACUACCCUCUCCUCUGUUUGGAUUCUCUGCUGAAACUCUCAUCACUGCUUGGAUUGCAGAGUGCCCUCAUGAGCAGAGCCUGCUCCUCCAAAAAGAGUGUCACCAUUUGUUACAAGAAAUGUUCCUUUUUGAAAUUUGACACAAGUGUCACUAACGAACGGUGUGCUCAGGGGGAGUGCUGCCAGUGAAUGAUAAGGACACUGUCCACAGGUGUUGCAGAGGGAGCCUCUGGGGCACAGGUGUCGGCAGGGUCCUAUGGUAAUUGUUUAAUGUGAGCAAAGCUGAGGAGCAAAAUUGCCUGACUGGGCGCAAAGCCAGGUGCAUUCAUGACAAAUCCGCUCAGCAGUGGUAAAAGGAUAAAAAAAAUUUGAAUUGCAAAGAAAACUCAUUGCUUGAAUGCCCAGCCAAUGUCAUGUAUUUUAAUUGUUUGUAUUGUGAUGGUUAGAAGUUAUUUCAGCUUUUCCAUUUGUUGAUAUUUUACUUUUGUGGUGCAAAAUCACUUACACAUUUGCAAUUAAUCCAAUUGCCAAAGCCACACAGUGAAUUUGAGGCUUUUGGAACAGUUUCCAGCGUUGGCUGGUAACCCAGCCUUGCUUUUUUAAUUACUAGUACACAUUUCCUUAUAAAAUGAGAAGCUCAUUUAUGUCACAACAAAUGCUUCAUUGUCCCUUAAAAGCACCAGAAAAAACCUCCACGAUGCAGACAAUUUUUAAGGCUGUCACAAACAUCUUUGUUGUUAAGUCAUACGAGAUGAGCAGAGCUCUCUUGCACAUACGCAGUAAGUUGCAGUGUAACCUAUGUUUUAAUAUAAUUUUCAGGGUUGUAUUAUAAUGAAGAUGCAUUCGUCAUUUCAACCAUCAUAUCAAUAUGAUCCAUGCGGAGUGAGUGUUGAAAUAAUAUUGUGGAACAGAAUGAUGAGGAUUAAAGACCAUGUUUUCUGGGUAUUGUUUCAUUAGUGUUGAUGUUUACUGUCUCUAGGGUGGAUUUUGGAUUAGUGCAGCCAUCUUCCUGUGAAUGUCAGCGACAAUAUGUGGAGACACAAGCCUUCCUUAACAACAUGCAAGUAUAAAUUGUAUCCGUUUUAUCAGCGCCCAUACCUGUUCAUCUGUAUCCUUAUUAAUGUACACAUAGUAUUCUAAAUUGUACUGAAAUCAGGUGUUAAUAUGAUAUAAUAAUAUAUUCUCUUGUGUAUUUGCUAUGUGAUGUUCUGUGAAGCAAAGAGCUGAUCUUGUGUUUUAGUGAUCUGUAGUAGUGUUACAUAUUUCUAAGCAGCUUGUUCAGGCUGCAGGCUCAUAUGGGAUGGACAGGGAUGAAGGGUUAGAGAAGCAUACAAGGGCACAUUUAGAUCUACUCGAACGGUCACAAUGGCCAGGCCACCAUUGCCUUAAGUGUGUUUUGAGUGUACAGUAUCUGUAUGUCUGUGUAUGUGUGUGUAUACAUGAGUCACUGUUGUUUCACGCAAAACGAGAGCUGGAGAUGAAAGCAUUUGGCGGCCUUGUUUACCCAUCCAUAGAAAAGACGUAUACAGAGUUUAUGCUUUGACUAUUGUCCUUUCUGAAACGGAAACGAAAAAAUUGCUGAUGUGGUUUUCUUGGCUGCUGUCCACGCUGUUAUCUUGACAAGUGUGUUUGUGCUGCUAUGACGCUAUAAGGCCUUUAGUGGUUACUUGUGGUUUGGAAUGUGUAGUAGUCCGUUCUGGUUUAUGCUCAAGAUGGAGGAGGUGCAACAGGUCUACCUCCCUUAUGACAGCGCAGAUUUAUUGCUAUUAUGGUUGUCAUUACAGACACUAUUUGUUGUUUCUGACUUGGCAGACAGAAGGGAUUUGCUAUCUCCCUGCAUGAGGAUCAUCUGGAUAGCAUUUGUGUAUUUAAGUAUGAAAAGUGUGUGUCUGUGAGUGUGUCAGACAAGGAGCCAGGAUCAUAAAGUAGACGCCGAUUCUGUGCCAUUUGUUACAUGUGAUCUUUGAGAUUUGAUUCUGGCUGCUGUGGCUUACUAAAUUGUUGAUUCUCAUGUCUGACAGAUUAGCAUUUUGUGUUUUCCUAUCUGUCUCUAAGACACAGAGUUACUACCAUGGCUGUCCAUGGUAGUAAUUUGCUUUGCUUUUUUGUGUAAUGUUAUUUAAUUCUAAUAAAAUCUCUAUGUCAAAUACCAAA